GCGGCAAGUGUCCCGAUCUAGUCACCAACUGCACCAGACACAACUGGCUUUUUGGGCCCGAAUAUCUCUGCGGUAUUCAACCGACCACCGUUAGAGCCACCUUCUUUUUCCACAAGUCGAAAUGGACGCCCAAACUGCCGUGCCGCCAGUGCGCAUCCACGCUGUCUCAUCCACCCCCAUAUCCACGGAGGAAACUCAAGCUCGUCUGGACCAGUUCCUUGCUGACUUCCAGAACCGCAGUACGGCGUCCAAAGGAGGGGAUACGACCGUUACGGUGCAGCUCCAAAAACUAAAUGAAGCACUGACGGCGGAGCAUCAGAGUAGUUAGUCCCGGACUCUGUUCCUAGCUAUCCCACUUCAUUCUGGACAAAGCAGGGCCAUUGUCUCGAUACGACUGUCGGAUGUCGAAACCUUCGUGACCCUCCAUUCCUUCAUAGUACACCAAAAGGGAGCCAUUCCUUUGGCAUUCUGCUGCUUCUUGCAGGCUGUCUGGACCCGGUAGCGAUCCUUCAA